GUGGACAACCAGCUAGCCUCCAGCCACCCCUGGAGUUGGGGGGGGGGGAGUUGACAGUCUGGUGCCCCCCACCUGAGGAAUGCGAACCCACCCUUCUCAGGAAUUGCCCUCCCAUCCCUUGUCUCUGGCCAUGAGGGAGCAGACACACGGACCUUGUGUGAGUGACUUCUGCACAGCCAGCUGGGCACCAUGAAUGGCCACGCUUCUCCUCAUGAUGUCCUGAUCACCAAUGGCACUGAGCCGGCCAUCGUCCCCAAGACCACGAAGGCCAUGUUGGGAACAGGCACUCCCUCCGGGCCCCAGGCCAGGAGCAUCGCUGGGGUGUACAUGGAGCCCUCAGGCCAGGCCCAGAGUCUCUACAGUGCCAUGAAGCAGGGCCUCCUGCCCGAUGGGCUCGGGCUGGCUCUGCUGGAGGCCCAGGCGGCCACCGGGGGGCUCGUGGACCCUGCCCAGGGUCAGCUGCUCCCUGUGUCUGAGGCCCUACAGCAGGGUCUGGUGGGCCUGGAGCUAAAGGAAAAGCUGCUGGCUGCAGAGCGUGCAGUCACUGGGUACCCUGACCCCUAUGGGGGUGAAAGGCUGGCCCUCUUUCAGGCCAUUGGGAAGGAAGUUGUGGACAGGGCACUGGGUUGGAGCUGGCUGGAGGCCCAGCUGGCCACGGGGGGCCUGGUGGAUCCCAUCCAGGGCGUGCGUGUGCCCCCAGAGCUGGCCUGCCAGCAGGGCCUCCUGGACCAGGAGGCAUGGCGUGGCCUGUCGGAGUGUGAGCCGGGCUCAGGUGCCCAGCGCUUCCUGGAUCCCAACACUCUUGAGAAGCUGUCCUAUAGUGAGCUGCUGGGCAGGUGUGUGCGGGCCCCCAGCACAGGGCUGGCCCUGCUGCCCCUCAAGACCACUUUCCGUACCCUGAGUGGGGCGGUGAGCUUGGCCGAGCUGCUGGAGGUGGGGGUCCUGGACAAGGAGACGGCCCAGGGCCUGCAGGAGGGCAGGCUGGCAGUGCCAGAUGUGAGUUCACGCCCCCAGGUGCAGCGUUACCUGCAGGGCACUGGCAGCGUGGCGGGGGUCGUCCUGCUGCCUGCUGGCCACAAGAAGGGCUUCUUCCAGGCUGUGGCUGAGCACCUGCUCCCAAUGGGCGCCGCGUUUCCACUCCUGGAGGCCCAGGCUGCCACCUGUGCCCUAGUGGACCCAGCCACCGGCCGGCAGCUCUGGGUGGAUGAGGCGGUCAGGGCAGGCCUGGUUGGCCCAGAGCUGCACGGGCAGCUCCUGGAGGCAGAGAAGGCGGUGAUCGGUUACCAUGACCCCUUCAGCAGUGCACGCAUCCCCCUCUUCCAGGCCAUGAGGAAGGAGCUUGUGGACAGGCCUUGGGCACUGCGGCUCCUGGAUGCCCAGCUCUCCACAGGUGGGCUGGUGUGUCCAGCCCGCAGGCUCCGGCUACCCCUGGAGGCUGCCCUGCGCUUUGGCUGCCUGGAUGAGGAGACGCAGCAGUGUCUCUCGCAGGCUGCUGGCUUCUGUGACCCCGGCACGCAGGAGAGCCUCAGCUAUGGGCAGCUGCUGGCCCGCUGUGUCACCGACCCAGAGACAGGGCUGGCCUUCCUGCCCCUCUCAGGGGGGGCCCUUGGAGAGGAGCCACAGGGACCCCAGUUCAUUGAGCACAGCACCCGCCAGGCCUUGAGUGCAGCCACGACCACCGUCUCAGUGGGCAAAUUCCAGGGCCGGCCCGUGUCACUGUGGGAGCUGCUCUUCUCUGAGGGCGUCCCUGUGGAGCAGAGGGCAAUGCUGGCCCAGCGGCACAAGGAAGGGGCCCUCUCAGUGGAGGAACUGGAAGCUGUGCUGAGGUCCACUGUGCAGCAAGCUGCAGUCACUGCCACGACCACCUUUGCUGGGCUGAGAGUCGCCGUGACACCAGGAGAUCUGCUGGAAGCAGAGGUCAUCGGCCAGGACACGUAUGAGCAGCUGGCACGGGGACAGACCACAGCCCAGGAUGUGGGCAGACUGGACUCGGUGCAGAGGUACCUGCAGGGCACCGGCUGCAUUGCUGGCCUGCUGCUGCCUGGCUCCCAGGAGCGGCUCAGUGUCUAUGAGGCUUACAGGAAGCGGCUCCUGCGGCCGGGCACGGCCCUCAUCCUGCUGGAGGCCCAGGCGGCCACUGGCUUCAUCAUCGACCCGAAAGAAAACAAGAGAUACUGCGUGGAGGAGGCUCUCAGGGCCAGCAUCAUUGGGCCCAACAUGUUCGCAAAGCUGCUGUCGGCCGAGCGCGCCGUCACCGGCUACAAGGACCCCUACACCGGAGAGCAGAUCUCCCUGUUCCAGGCCAUGAAGAAGGACCUUAUCGUCAGGGACCACGGCAUCCGCCUGCUGGAGGCCCAGAUCGCCACGGGCGGCGUCAUCGACCCGGUGCACAGCCACCGCGUGCCCGUGCACGUGGCCUACCAGCGUGGCUACUUCGAUGAGGAAAUGAACCGCGUCCUGGCAGACCCGAGCGACGACACCAAGGGCUUCUUUGACCCCAACACACACGAGAACCUCACCUACCUGCAGCUGCUGGAGCGCUGCGUGCGCGACCCUCAGACAGGCCUCUUCCUGCUGCCACUCAGCAGCGCACAGCCCCAGCUGGUGGACGGUGCCACACGACAGGCCUUCCAGAGCCUGCUGCUGUCGGUGAAGCACGGGCGAUUCCGGGGGCGGCAGGUGUCCGCGUGGGAGCUACUCAACUCGGAGUACUUCAGCGAGGCCUGCAGGAGGCAGCUGCUGCACAGCUACCAGCAGCACAAGGUGUCGCUGGACCAGCUCCCACAGCUGCUGGGGAGGGAGGUGGGCAGGGGUGCAGACGUCACACUGCCCGUGCUGCGGGGCCAGGUCACUGCCCACCAGCUGCUGGAGGCCCACAUCAUUGACCAGGAGCUCCUAGAUAAGGUGCUGGCGGGGUCGGUCAGCGCUGAGGCCCUCCUCCGCAUGGACAGUGUGCGCAAGUACCUGCGUGGCUCGGGUGCUGUGGGUGGCGUGCUGCUGCAGCCCUCCCACCGGCGACUCAGCCUCUACCAGGCCAUGAAGCAGAAACUGCUGGGGCCAGGAGUGGCCUUGGCCCUGCUGGAGGCCCAGGCAGCCACCGGAGCCAUCACAGACCCCCACAGUCUAGAGACCCUGUCAGUGGCAGAGGCUGUGCGCAGGGAGCUGGUGGGGCCAGAGCUUUAUGCCAGGCUGAGACGGUCUGAGGACGCCGUGACUGGCUUUAGAGACCCCUUCUCUGGGGAGCAGGUAUCCCUGUUCCAGGCCAUGAAAAAGGGGCUUGUCCGUGUGGAGCAGGCUACCCGCCUCCUGGAGGCCCAGGUGGCCACAGGAGGGAUCAUUGACCCCAGAGGCCACUACCACCUCCCCAUGCCUGUGGCCACCCAGCGUGGCUUCAUCGACCAGGAGAUGGAGACAGCCUUGUCCAGCUCCUCUGAGACCUUCCCUACGCCAGACGGCCGGGGACACACCAGCUAUGCCCGGCUUCUAGAACAGUGUCUGAAGGACGAGUCCUCAGGCCUUUACCUCCUGCCUCUGCCAGAAAGUGCUCCUGCUGUGCCCACAGACCAACAGGUCCAGGAGACCCUGCAGGCCACGCUGGGGGCUGAGGACGGCACAUCCCUGUGGGAGCUGCUGCACUCCUGCCACUUCACUGAGGAGCAGCGGAGGGGAUUCCUGGAGGACUUCAGGAUGGGGAAGACCACCACGCACCAGCUGCAGGUGGUUGUGCGGACCUGGCUGCAAGGGGCGGAGCUCCGGGCACGAGCACGCAUCACUGUACCCAGCCCACGGGGCCAGGUUCCCGCUGUCUGGCUGCUGGACGCUGGCAUCAUCACCCAGGAGACCCUGGCAGCACUAGCUCAAGGCACACGGUCAACCGCAGAGGUCUCUGAGGAGCCCGCAGUGAAGGCCUGCCUGUGGGGCACAGGCUGUGUGGCUGGGGUGCUGCUGCAGCCCUCAGGGAUCAAGGCCAGCAUCAACCAGGCCGUGAGGGAUGGCCUCCUGCCUGUGGGCCUGGGGCAGAGACUGCUAGAAGCCCAGGUGGCAUCUGGCUCCCUCGUUGACCCUCUGACGAACCAGAGACUGUCGGUAGAAGGUGCAGUCAAGGCUGGCCUGGUGAGUGGGACGCUGAGCGAGCAGCUCCGGCAGGCCGAGAAGGCGGUGGCCGGGUACACGGACCCCUACUCAGGGGGCUCCCUCUCGCUGUGGCAGGCCAUGGAGAAGGGGCUUGUGCCCCAGAGCGAGGGCCUCCCCCUCCUGCAGGCACAGCUGGCCACCGGGGGCGUGGUGGACCCCGUCUACGGGGUACACCUGCCCCAGGCUGUAGCCUGCAGGCGUGGCCUCCUGGACGAGGCAACAAGCCUGGCACUGACUGGGACACAUGAGGAUAGCAAGUUCUUCUUCGACCCCAACACGCGGGACAAGGUGACGUACCAGCAGCUCAAGGAGCGCUGUGUCCUUGACGCUGACACCGGCCUAUGGCUGCUGCCGCUGCCCCAGGACAUGGUGCUUGAUGUGGACGACCACACAGCCGUGGCUCUGAGGGCCAUGAAGGUGCCCGUCGGUGCUGGGAGGUUCAAAGGGCUCACUGUGUCACUCUGGGACCUGCUGCACUCAGAGUACGUCAGCGUCCGCAAGCGGCGAGAGCUGGCGGCACUCUGCCAGUCCGGAAGGGCCACAGCCCUGCGGCAGGUCGUCAGCGCACUCACCACCCUGGUAGAAGCCUCAGAGAGGGAGCCCUCACAGGCCUUCUUCAGAGGACUCCGGAAGCAGGUGUCAGCCAGAGACCUGUUCAGGUCCCAGCUGAUUGACAAGAAGACAUUGGAUGAGCUAAAUCAGGGGACAAGGACCGUGCAAGAGGUGACAGAGAUGGACAGUGUGAGGCGGUUCUUGGAAGGAAGCAACUUCAUCGCCGGGGUCCUGGUUCAGGGCACAAAGGAGAGGAUGAGCAUCUCGGAGGCCAUGAGGAGGCACAUACUGCGGCCGGGCACGGCCCUGGUGCUGCUGGAGGCCCAGGCGGCCACCGGCUUCCUCAUUGACCCGGUGGAGAACCGGAAGCUGACUGUGGAAGAGGCCUUCGCGGCAGGGAUGUUUAGCAAGGAAACCUACCAGAAGCUGCUGUCGGCUGAGCGCGCCGUCACUGGCUACACCGACCCCUACACCGGGGAGCAGAUCUCCCUGUUCCAGGCCAUGAAGAAGGACCUGAUCGUCAGGGACCACGGCAUCCGCCUGCUGGAGGCCCAGAUCGCCACGGGCGGCAUCAUCGACCCGGUGCACAGCCACCGCGUGCCCGUGCACGUGGCCUACCAGCGCGGCUAUUUCGAUGAGGAAAUGAACCGCGUCCUGGCGGACCCAAGCGAUGACACCAAGGGUUUCUUUGACCCCAACACGCACGAGAACCUCACCUACCUGCAGCUCCUGGAGCGCUGCGUGCGCGAACCUGACACGGGACUGUACAUGUUACAAAUCGUAAAGAAAGGAGAGACGUACAUGUACAUCGAUGAAGCCACCAGACAGGCUCUGAGAUCCAAAACUGUGACAAUGCACGUGGGGAGGUUUGCAGGUCAGAGGGUGUCCUUGUGGGACCUGCUAUCAUCUCAGUACCUGACAGAGGAGCGGCGGCGGGAGCUGGUGCAGCAGUACAGAGCCCAGACCGUGCAUCUAGACCAGUUGCUGGAGAUCAUAAGCGCCACAGUCAACGACACAGAGAAGCAAAACCAAGUCAUCAAGGUGGCAGGCAUUGGUGGGGAAGUGACAGCCGCAGAGUUGUUCAACGCUGGAAUCAUUGAUAAAAAGACCCUGGACACACUACACAGGGGGAAAGGUGGAGGACAGGACCUCAGCAGGCUGGAGCACGUGAAAACCUAUCUGGAAGGCAGUGGCUGUAUUGCAGGGGUGACCGCCCCCUCCACCCAGGAGGUGAUGAGCGUCUACGAGGCCAGCACGAAAGGACUCAUGUCCACGGGGAUUGCGGUUCUGCUGCUGGAGGCUCAGGCAGCCACAGGAUUCAUGCUGGACCCUCGGGGCCAUAAGAGGCUCUCCGUGGACAAGGCCGUGGCUGCCGGCCUGGUGGGCGAGGAGUUGCAGGAAAGGCUCCUGAAUGCUGAGAAGGCUGCCAAAGGCUACACGGACCCAGCCACAGGAGAAACAAUCUCGCUGUUCCAGGCCAUGGAAAGGAAAUUAGUCAAACGGGAGGAGGCGCUCAGACUGCUGGAGGUGCAGGUGGCCACAGGGGGCGUGGUCGAUCCCCGGCACCACCUCCGGCUCCCGCUGGACACAGCCUACAGGCGCGGCUGUCUGCACCAGGAAACAUACCUGCUUGUUUCGGACCAGAAGCACAUGAACAAGAGGUUUGUGGAUCCCAACACGCAUGAGAAAGUAACAUACCAGGAGCUUCAGAAGAGGAGUCGCCGGGAAGAGGGGGAGGGCUGGACUCUGUUCCCUGUGGUCCGGGACACACAGGACUGCAUAUAUGUUGACGAAGCAACUAGAAGAGUCCUGGAGACCGAGCGGGUGGAAGUCAUGGUGGGCAGGUACAGAGGCCAGAGGCCAUCAGUGUGGGAGCUGCUAAACUCUGAAUACGUGACAGAGAAGAAAAAGCUGGAGUUAGUCGGUAAAUACAAAAGAGACACAGCACAUGCACUGGAAAAGGUAGUAAAGGUUAUCGUCUCAAUGAUUGAUGAGAAGGAGAAGAUCAGUAAGCAGUUGUGGUUCAGAGGCUUCAGAAGACAGAUCACUGCCUUUGAACUCUUCCAUUCCUCCAUCAUCACCAAGGAAAUGCUAGAGGAACUCAAGGGCGGGAGCAAGACGGUGGACGACAUCAAGAAAGACGAAGGGGUCAAGCGCUACCUGGAGGGCACGAGCUGCAUCGCGGGCGUGUUGGUGCCCUCCAAGGACAAGCCCGGGCAGCAGGAGAAGAUGAGCAUCUACCAGGCCAUGUGGAAGGGCAUCUUGCGGCCGGGCACGGCCCUGGUGCUGCUGGAGGCCCAGGCGGCCACCGGCUUCGUCAUCGACCCGGUGCGCAACCAGAGGCUGUCCGUGGAGGAGGCGGUGGCCGCGGGCGUGGUGGGCGGCGAGAUCCGGGAGAAGCUGCUGUCGGCCGAGCGCGCCGUCACCGGCUACACCGACCCCUACACCGGGGAGCAGAUCUCCCUGUUCCAGGCCAUGAAGAAGGACCUGAUCGUCAGGGACCACGGCAUCCGCCUGCUGGAGGCCCAGAUCGCCACGGGCGGCGUCAUCGACCCGGUGCACAGCCACCGCGUGCCCGUGCACGUGGCCUACCAGCACGGCUACUUCGACGAGGAAAUGAACCGCGUGCUGGCGGAUCCGAGCGACGACACCAAGGGCUUCUUCGACCCCAACACGCACGAGAACCUCACCUACAUGCAGCUGCUGCGCCGUUGUGUGCCUGACCCCGACACGGGGCUGUACAUGCUGCAGCUGGUCGACCGGGGCUCCGCCGUGCACCAGCUGAGCGAGGAGCAGCGUGCCGCCCUGCGCGAAAUCCGUGUGACGCCCGGCGCUGGGGACCUCCAGGGCCAGAGCGUCUCCGUCUGGGAGCUCCUCUUCUACCGGGAGGUGUCUGAGAGCCUGCGGCAGGACCUGCUGGGCAGGUACCGGGCGGGCACGCUGACCGCGCAGGAGGUGGGUGCCUCGCUCACCUCGCUGCUGUUCCGGGCCAACGGAGGGAGCCCACACCAUGCCGCCCAGGACGCACAGGGGACCCUGCGUGCCGCCACCAUGGAGGUCAAGGUGGGCCCCCUGCGGGGUCCGGCAGUGCCCGUCUGGAAUGUGCUGGAGUCCAGCUACGUGAGCGCCACCAGGCGGGAGGAGCUGCUGGCCCAGUUCCGCUCGGGGAGGCUGGGCCUGCCUGCGCUGACCCGCCGGCUGACCACCAUCAUCGAGGAGGCCGAGGUGGCCCAGGGGACCGAGCAUGCACAGGCGCACGCCGCCCCCGGCCAGCAGGAAACCGGUACGCUUGGCCACAGUGGUGGUGAGGCCGACCCCGAGGCCGCCAGGCGCCCCCAGGAGAAGGCCCUGCGUGCCACCAUGAUGGAGGUGCACACCGGGCGGUUCCAGGGUCAGCGGGUAUCCGUGUGGGACAUCCUCUUCUCCUCCUACCUGAGCCAGACUCGCCGGGACGAGCUCCUCGCCCAACACGCGUCCGGUAGCCUGGCCGUGUCCGGCCUCGUGACCAUCCUCACCAAGGUCAUCGAGGAGACGGAGGAGCGGCUGAGCACGGUGUCCUUCCGAGGCCUGAGGCGCCAUGUGUCCGCGUCCCAGCUGGGCAUUUCCGGGAUCCUGGACCCCGAGACCUUGCAGGGCCUGGCCCAGGGCACCAAGACCCUGCAGGAGGUGAAGGAGAUGGACUCGGUCAAGCGCUACCUGGAGGGCACGAGCUGCAUCGCGGGCGUGUUGGUGCCCUCCAAGGACAAGCCCGGGCAGCAGGAGAAGAUGAGCAUCUACCAGGCCAUGUGGAAGGGCAUCUUGCGGCCGGGCACGGCCCUGGUGCUGCUGGAGGCCCAGGCGGCCACCGGCUUCGUCAUCGACCCGGUGCGCAACCAGAGGCUGUCCGUGGAGGAGGCGGUGGCCGCGGGCGUGGUGGGCGGCGAGAUCCGGGAGAAGCUGCUGUCGGCCGAGCGCGCCGUCACCGGCUACACCGACCCCUACACCGGGGAGCAGAUCUCCCUGUUCCAGGCCAUGAAGAAGGACCUGAUCGUCAGGGACCACGGCAUCCGCCUGCUGGAGGCCCAGAUCGCCACGGGCGGCGUCAUCGACCCGGUGCACAGCCACCGCGUGCCCGUGCACGUGGCCUACCAGCACGGCUACUUCGACGAGGAAAUGAACCGCGUGCUGGCGGACCCGAGCGACGACACCAAGGGCUUCUUCGACCCCAACACGCACGAGAACCUCACCUACAUGCAGCUGCUGCGCCGUUGUGUGCCUGACCCCGACACGGGGCUGUACAUGCUGCAGCUGGUCGACCGGGGCUCCGCCGUGCACCAGCUGAGCGAGGAGCAGCAUGCCGCCCUGCGCGAAAUCCGUGUGACGCCCGGCGCUGGGGACCUCCAGGGCCAGAGCGUCUCCGUCUGGGAGCUCCUCUUCUACCGGGAGGUGUCUGAGAGCCUGCGGCAGGACCUGCUGGGCAGGUACCGGGCGGGCACGCUGACCGCGCAGGAGGUGGGUGCCUCGCUCACCUCGCUGCUGUUCCGGGCCAACGGAGGGAGCCCACACCAUGCCGCCCAGGACGCACAGGGGACCCUGCGUGCCGCCACCAUGGAGGUCAAGGUGGGCCCCCUGCGGGGUCCGGCAGUGCCCGUCUGGAAUGUGCUGGAGUCCAGCUACGUGAGCGCCACCAGGCGGGAGGAGCUGCUGGCCCAGUUCCGCUCGGGGAGGCUGGGCCUGCCUGCGCUGACCCGCCGGCUGACCACCAUCAUCGAGGAGGCCGAGGUGGCCCAGGGGACCGAGCAUGCACAGGCGCACGCCGCCCCCGGCCAGCAGGAAACCGGUACGCUUGGCCACAGUGGUGGUGAGGCCGACCCCGAGGCCGCCAGGCGCCCCCAGGAGAAGGCCCUGCGUGCCACCAUGAUGGAGGUGCACACCGGGCGGUUCCAGGGUCAGCGGGUAUCCGUGUGGGACAUCCUCUUCUCCUCCUACCUGAGCCAGACUCGCCGGGACGAGCUCCUCGCCCAACACGCGUCCGGUAGCCUGGCCGUGUCCGGCCUCGUGACCAUCCUCACCAAGGUCAUCGAGGAGACGGAGGAGCGGCUGAGCACGGUGUCUUUCCGAGGCCUGAGGCGCCAUGUGUCCGCGUCCCAGCUGGGCAUUUCCGGGAUCCUGGACCCCGAGACCUUGCAGGGCCUGGCCCAGGGCACCAAGACCCUGCAGGAGGUGAAGGAGAUGGACUCGGUCAAGCGCUACCUGGAGGGCACGAGCUGCAUCGCGGGCGUGUUGGUGCCCUCCAAGGACAAGCCCGGGCAGCAGGAGAAGAUGAGCAUCUACCAGGCCAUGUGGAAGGGCAUCUUGCGGCCGGGCACGGCCCUGGUGCUGCUGGAGGCCCAGGCGGCCACCGGCUUCGUCAUCGACCCGGUGCGCAACCAGAGGCUGUCCGUGGAGGAGGCGGUGGCCGCGGGCGUGGUGGGCGGCGAGAUCCGGGAGAAGCUGCUGUCGGCCGAGCGCGCCGUCACCGGCUACACCGACCCCUACACCGGGGAGCAGAUCUCCCUGUUCCAGGCCAUGAAGAAGGACCUGAUCGUCAGGGACCACGGCAUCCGCCUGCUGGAGGCCCAGAUCGCCACGGGCGGCGUCAUCGACCCGGUGCACAGCCACCGCGUGCCCGUGCACGUGGCCUACCAGCACGGCUACUUCGACGAGGAAAUGAACCGCGUGCUGGCGGACCCGAGCGACGACACCAAGGGCUUCUUCGACCCCAACACGCACGAGAACCUCACCUACAUGCAGCUGCUGCGCCGUUGUGUGCCUGACCCCGACACGGGGCUGUACAUGCUGCAGCUGGUCGACCGGGGCUCCGCCGUGCACCAGCUGAGCGAGGAGCAGCGUGCCGCCCUGCGCGAAAUCCGUGUGACGCCCGGCGCUGGGGACCUCCAGGGCCAGAGCGUCUCCGUCUGGGAGCUCCUCUUCUACCGGGAGGUGUCUGAGAGCCUGCGGCAGGACCUGCUGGGCAGGUACCGGGCGGGCACGCUGACCGCGCAGGAGGUGGGUGCCUCGCUCACCUCGCUGCUGUUCCGGGCCAACGGAGGGAGCCCACACCAUGCCGCCCAGGACGCACAGGGGACCCUGCGUGCCGCCACCAUGGAGGUCAAGGUGGGCCCCCUGCGGGGUCCGGCAGUGCCCGUCUGGAAUGUGCUGGAGUCCAGCUACGUGAGCGCCACCAGGCGGGAGGAGCUGCUGGCCCAGUUCCGCUCGGGGAGGCUGGGCCUGCCUGCGCUGACCCGCCGGCUGACCACCAUCAUCGAGGAGGCCGAGGUGGCCCAGGGGACCGAGCAUGCACAGGCGCACGCCGCCCCCGGCCAGCAGGAAACCGGUACGCUUGGCCACAGUGGUGGUGAGGCCGACCCCGAGGCCGCCAGGCGCCCCCAGGAGAAGGCCCUGCGUGCCACCAUGAUGGAGGUGCACACCGGGCGGUUCCAGGGUCAGCGGGUAUCCGUGUGGGACAUCCUCUUCUCCUCCUACCUGAGCCAGACUCGCCGGGACGAGCUCCUCGCCCAACACGCGUCCGGUAGCCUGGCCGUGUCCGGCCUCGUGACCAUCCUCACCAAGGUCAUCGAGGAGACGGAGGAGCGGCUGAGCACGGUGUCCUUCCGAGGCCUGAGGCGCCAUGUGUCCGCGUCCCAGCUGGGCAUUUCCGGGAUCCUGGACCCCGAGACCUUGCAGGGCCUGGCCCAGGGCACCAAGACCCUGCAGGAGGUGAAGGAGAUGGACUCGGUCAAGCGCUACCUGGAGGGCACGAGCUGCAUCGCGGGCGUGUUGGUGCCCUCCAAGGACAAGCCCGGGCAGCAGGAGAAGAUGAGCAUCUACCAGGCCAUGUGGAAGGGCAUCUUGCGGCCGGGCACGGCCCUGGUGCUGCUGGAGGCCCAGGCGGCCACCGGCUUCGUCAUCGACCCGGUGCGCAACCAGAGGCUGUCCGUGGAGGAGGCGGUGGCCGCGGGCGUGGUGGGCGGCGAGAUCCGGGAGAAGCUGCUGUCGGCCGAGCGCGCCGUCACCGGCUACACCGACCCCUACACCGGGGAGCAGAUCUCCCUGUUCCAGGCCAUGAAGAAGGACCUGAUCGUCAGGGACCACGGCAUCCGCCUGCUGGAGGCCCAGAUCGCCACGGGCGGCGUCAUCGACCCGGUGCACAGCCACCGCGUGCCCGUGCACGUGGCCUACCAGCACGGCUACUUCGACAAGGAAAUGAACCGCGUGCUGGCGGACCCGAGCGACGACACCAAGGGCUUCUUCGACCCCAACACGCACGAGAACCUCACCUACAUGCAGCUGCUGCGCCGUUGUGUGCCUGACCCCGACACGGGGCUGUACAUGCUGCAGCUGGUCGACCGGGGCUCCGCCGUGCACCAGCUGAGCGAGGAGCAGCGUGCCGCCCUGCGCGAAAUCCGUGUGACGCCCGGCGCUGGGGACCUCCAGGGCCAGAGCGUCUCCGUCUGGGAGCUCCUCUUCUACCGGGAGGUGUCUGAGAGCCUGCGGCAGGACCUGCUAGGCAGGUACCGGGCGGGCACGCUGACCGCGCAGGAGGUGGGUGCCUCGCUCACCUCGCUGCUGUUCCGGGCCAACGGAGGGAGCCCACACCAUGCCGCCCAGGACGCACAGGGGACCCUGCGUGCUGCCACCAUGGAGGUCAAGGUGGGCCCCCUGCGGGGUCCGGCAGUGCCCGUCUGGAAUGUGCUGGAGUCCAGCUACGUGAGCGCCACCAGGCGGGAGGAGCUGCUGGCCCAGUUCCGCUCGGGGAGGCUGGGCCUGCCUGCGCUGACCCGCCGGCUGACCACCAUCAUCGAGGAGGCCGAGGUGGCCCAGGGGACCGAGCAUGCACAGGCGCACGCCGCCCCCGGCCAGCAGGAAACCGGUACGCUUGGCCACAGUGGUGGUGAGGCCGACCCCGAGGCCGCCAGGCGCCCCCAGGAGAAGGCCCUGCGUGCCACCAUGAUGGAGGUGCACACCGGGCGGUUCCAGGGUCAGCGGGUAUCCGUGUGGGACAUCCUCUUCUCCUCCUACCUGAGCCAGACUCGCCGGGACGAGCUCCUCGCCCAACACGCGUCCGGUAGCCUGGCCGUGUCCGGCCUCGUGACCAUCCUCACCAAGGUCAUCGAGGAGACGGAGGAGCGGCUGAGCACGGUGUCCUUCCGAGGCCUGAGGCGCCAUGUGUCCGCGUCCCAGCUGGGCAUUUCCGGGAUCCUGGACCCCGAGACCUUGCAGGGCCUGGCCCAGGGCACCAAGACCCUGCAGGAGGUGAAGGAGAUGGACUCGGUCAAGCGCUACCUGGAGGGCACGAGCUGCAUCGCGGGCGUGUUGGUGCCCUCCAAGGACAAGCCCGGGCAGCAGGAGAAGAUGAGCAUCUACCAGGCCAUGUGGAAGGGCAUCUUGCGGCCGGGCACGGCCCUGGUGCUGCUGGAGGCCCAGGCGGCCACCGGCUUCGUCAUCGACCCGGUGCGCAACCAGAGGCUGUCCGUGGAGGAGGCGGUGGCCGCGGGCGUGGUGGGCGGCGAGAUCCGGGAGAAGCUGCUGUCGGCCGAGCGCGCCGUCACCGGCUACACCGACCCCUACACCGGGGAGCAGAUCUCCCUGUUCCAGGCCAUGAAGAAGGACCUGAUCGUCAGGGACCACGGCAUCCGCCUGCUGGAGGCCCAGAUCGCCACGGGCGGCGUCAUCGACCCGGUGCACAGCCACCGCGUGCCCGUGCACGUGGCCUACCAGCACGGCUACUUCGACGAGGAAAUGAACCGCGUGCUGGCGGACCCGAGCGACGACACCAAGGGCUUCUUCGACCCCAACACGCACGAGAACCUCACCUACAUGCAGCUCCUCCAGAGGGCUACCCAUGACCCUGAGUCUGGCCUCUCAUUUCUUUCUCUCUCUUGAGGGUGAAGGGCUUUGAAUAGUAGUGGUAUGUCAUCUGUCUAAAAUAUGUUCUUAUGUUUUUCAACACGGUCUUAUUUUUCUUUCAUGCUGUCUCAUUUCUAUGCUUUAUGCAUUGGGUGACAUUGUUUUCUUUUCCAUUGCCUUCCAGUUGCACAUUUCCACUCUUCAGUAAAAUGAGACCAUUUUCCUUCGUAAUCUUUAUCUGCACUUAUCCUUGUAUUCUGUUGUGAAUUUUCAAUCUGUUUUUAUUUCACAGAAUAUUGGCAGGUUCCCGAUAAACUUCUCUGCAGUUAAACAGCUCUUUUAAGUGGUACCUCAGUCACACUAAAGUGUAUACAUUGAUUUGUAUGUUCCUAUUUUUAUU